AUGUUAUCCUGGAUUACGGGCGCCAAGGGCGUGGAAGAGGUCGAAGAUCCCUUUCCCGAAGCGCCAGAAACACCAGCCCAUGUUUUCGCAGCACGCGCAUUCAAACAUGCCAUCUUUGGCACUCCUGCUCCACCCAACGAAGCGAACUAUAUACAAGACACCAGAGUCGCUCAAUCAAUCCAAAUCGAAUCGAAGCCACGCACUGUGACGGUUGAGAUGCCUACACGACCAAAAGACGACACGGAUGAGAUCGCGUUACCCUCUGCACCUGGUCUGUCCCCUACCAAGCCUAACGGGAUUCUCAUGACACCCGGUACUACGAGAAGGAACAAGUCUGUCACCUUUGGAGCCCAAGUUGUCGACAAUGAAGGCAAGAAGCAAGGCAGCAACGGCCUCCCAAACACUCUCCCCGGAAAGUUCCCAAGUCCAUGGACAGCAAGGGACGACAACGGCCUCGGCCAACCUGGCUCAGCCUCAAACAGAGCAAGAACUAAGCUCACUGCUCAACUUCAAGAGGUUCGCGACUCCGCACAGAAGAGCAAGACAAUGCAGAGGGCCAAGGACGAUACCGACUUGACCAUGGACUAUAUGGAGCCCCGAUCACAGUCAGGAAAGUACUGGAAGACAGAGUACGAGUCAUAUGCCGAAGCCACUCAGCGGGAGAUGAAGAAACUGGUCAUUAAGCAAAAGGCCGCAAAGGACUUCGCAAGGGAGAAGGAGGACGAAGUAUCAGACCUGAAAUCACAGCUACGACAAGAGAAACUCAAGGUCGAGAAACUGGAAGCCAAGACCAAAGAUCUGGCUGCUCAGAUGAAGGAGUUUGAGAUGAAGCUCACGGGCCAGACAAGCCAGGACACCAAGAACGACAUCGCCAAGUUCAAGGCCGAGAACGAGCAUCUUCGUUACGAUCUCGACCAAGUACUGGGAAAGAAAAGCGGUAUUAUCAACAGUCCCAAGCGGAAGACACCGAAGACUGCUCCAGCGGGUGAUCUUUGGGCAAAUGCCGCCUUCUCCAGCCCUUUCGUGGACGAUGCCGCAGACAAGGACCAAUCUCCUCUACGCGCACGAGACUUGAACAUUCAAAGUCAGAAGUUGCCCAAGGAUGGAAGACCCAAGUCGACCAAGAGUGUGCACACAAAGCGUUUUAGUGAAGACACUUUCGACAUCUCACUAGCCCUUCCACAACCAUCCCCUGAGCUAUUUCCUCGCUCCAUACCUCGCAGCAGCAGAAAGUCGACAGCAGACAUGACGAUAGACGAGCUGGUCGAGAAGUACUCACCAGAAAAGCCACAAUUCGAUCGUCUUGCUCUGCCUCUAGGUCUUGGUGCUCUCAACUUUGGUUCUGGCAAACCCGAUGUUGGAGCCCCGACCAGCCCGCCGAAGACAGGAGCUAGAAUCUCCAGUUUGAGUGACGAGAGGAAGGCCAAAGCUCUAGCACGAAUCGAGGCGAGAAGGCUCUCUAAACUGGCAGCAGCAUGA